AUGCAGGCGGCACCGUCCUGCUACGGUAGCAUGGUUGCUAGCACUUCAGAAGAAGCCACGACAUCUUUAUCGAGAGGACCAAUGACCAUGUCUACUUCAAAAACUAGCAGUCAAUUUAUCGAAGCUCCCGCGUUUUUCUAUGAUAUGGAUACUGAUCUGAAAGAUUUGAAAACUGCAUUGAAAGAUGUUGAUCUACUGAAUGACUCUGGCUACCGAUCGGUAAUGGAACGAUCCAGUCAUCCAUUUUCGACCAGUCUAGUUUUCCACGAAGACAAUGGAUUUGAUUCUGAAGACGACGCUUCGGACGAGCAUUGGGAUGGAUAUCUUACAGUGGGCGGUGACCGAAUCAAAAUUCGAGACAUGUCUGAUAUUCUUGCAACACGAUAUGCAUUUAUUUCUGGAGCUCGCACUUCUGAAGGAUUGACAAUUGUCACAUUCCCGGAUUCGAGAUCGACGCUUCCCUUUGAAGACUACUCACUUCUUGUCAAGUAUCUUUUGCAAGUUCCUCCCCUGGAGGACAGCCAUAAGGGUUUUGUGAUAAUCAUCGAUCGCCGGAGUGACAAGUGGUCAUCAGUCAGAACAUUGCUACUACAGAUCUCAUCAUUCUUUCCCGGGAAAAUCUGUGUGACAUUCGUCAUCAAGCCAGAAGGCGUUCUUCAAAGAGCUCUAGAAGUUGGAUAUCGUGGAGCUGCAGACACCUGCACUUUCAAGGUCAUACAACUAGAAUCUUCUGCCGAACUUCGAAAGUACAUCCAUCAUGAACAUUUAACAAUGGACGUCGGCGGCCUUAUCAAGUACAAUCAUUUGGAAUGGGUGCAGCAUAGAAUGAUGUUACGAACGUUUCAAGGAUAUUGGAAUUCCUAUUCCACUCUAGUCAAUGAAAAAGAUUAUACCGAGGACAUUGAAAGAAUGAAGGCGUCCGCUACAGCAAUCGCAGCUUCUCUUACUGAAUUUGGAAAAACUCUGAGGGAAACCGAAUUGCCAAACGAUGCAGACAGUACGGCUAGGAUAUUGGAGCUGCAGACCGUUGAGAAAAUGGCUAUUAAGGAAGAGUUCAAAAUUGCUGUCCGGAAAGGGUUUACUCUACUCAAGUCCGUACGACAGCUGGACAAGAAGCCGACACCUGAACAACUAUCGCCGACUCGGCUACAUAAUGUGACGGCUAUCGAGCGCAUGUUGGUCCAAUUGGAAGAAACAGAACGAAGCUUUGAUUCAUUCUGGUGUAAGCACGAGCGUCGACUACGAUAUUGCCUUGAACUCCGACAAUUCGAGGACAGCUUCCGAAAGCUACAAGCCGCAUUUGCACGCCACAUGCUGUAUUUGGAGGAGCAUCGAGAAGUCGGCAACUGCACCGAAAAAGCUUUACAUCUUGCCGAGCAGCACAGACAAUACGCUGAAGGAGCGAUGGAAGAAGUCGAGGCUUCACGGAAUCUCAAAAAAACUGGAGAAGAUCUCAUCAACUCAAACGAGGCAGAGCUUUCGGGAAGUUUAGAGCCAAAGUGUGAAGAGCUGGAGAGAAUGGCGGCCGCGUUGACUUCAGCGUUAGAACGACGAGGAGACUGUCUGAAACGAAGUGCCACAAUGCAUGAGCAAAUUGCACAGGCUAAUUCGUGGUGCAGUCGUGGAGCAGACUUGUUAACAUCUGGAAUGUCAGAUUUUACCAAUCCAAGUCCUACUACUUCACUCUCAGCCCUUGAUGCAUUCAUAGAAGAAGGAAACCAUUUGAAUAUUGAAUUCCUAAAAGACACAACUUCCCCAAUGAAUCAAUUAUUGCUUUUGACAACUAUUGAGACAUCAACUCUUCUGAAUUUGAUCGAGGAGCGCAUUGGCGAUAUCCGAAGGAUGUCCCUUGCCAAACGUGACCAACUCACAAAGCUUCACUUACAAAAACCACCGCCAGUUCAAGUUGUCACUCCGGAGAAAAAGAGCAAAAAUAGCAGCAAGUCCGAGAAUGACGGAAAAGAUGUUCCAAGCUGCUCAGGAGAGUCGACACCAGCCGGAGCACUCAGUCCAAGACGUGAAACCAGAGAAGUGACAAACGCAUACGAUGAAAUGAUUGCAACUGAGAUCAGUUACGUUGCCGAUUUGAAGGAGAUCAUCAUGCAUUAUUUGGAGCCGUUCGAGGCCGUUGAAAAUCAGAACAGUCUGCCAGAAGCACUCCGCGGAAAGCCGGAUUGUCUCUUUGGAAACGUUCGUGAACUCUACAAGUUCCAUCAUCGAACUGUCUUGGAGGAUUUGGUCGCCGCUCGUUCCACUGCUGAAAUGUGUCGAGUUCUCAUGCAACAUCGCAACCAGAUCUACCUCACCUACCGCACUUACUGCCAAAUUCAUGGAUCCAACCAAAAAGUGCGAGACUCUGUCAAGAAUCAUCCAUUCUUCAAAGACUGUCAACGCAAAGCCCAACACAACAUGGACAUGAGCUCCUAUCUUCUGAAACCCAUCCAACGCAUCAUGAAGUAUCAGUUGCUUCUUGGUAACAUUAUGGAUGAUUGCCCCGCAGAUGUCAGAGAUGAGGUUGCCAUGACUCGUGACAGUAUGGUAGAGCUUCUCAAUCAAAUUGAUGCCUCCAUGCAACAACUCCAUAUUUCCGGCUACAAUGGAGACUUGAAAUCUCUCGGAUUGCUCCGUCUACAAACUGAAUGUGACGUGUUUACAUACAAUAGAAAGAAGAAGGCCAAGUUGUCGCGUGCCCAAAAGAGAUUCCUCUUCUUUUUCGACGGAGCCGUCAUGUUCUGCAAGAAGCGUGUCAGCAAUCCAGCAUCCGCAAUGAACGCCGAGCCAGAGUACUUUGAGCACAAGUUCUGUAUUCCGAUCAUCUCUCUUGGAUACGACGCGUCUUCUCGUACUGGUGCCACUCGAUUCGAAGUUUGGGACGAGGCUAAAACUGACGCCUAUGUCAUCGAGACCGUCGACCAGUCUGCUCGUACCAAAUGGAUUCAACGUCUCGGAAAGAGCGAGUCAUCGCAAGAUACCUGGCUGGAGAACAACAGACAAAGGCCAAAGAGCUGGGCGAGCACUGUGUCGAACGAGAGCUCUUGCUCAUCGAGCACCCGUGAAUCGGACAGUACUGACAGUACCAUGGACACUAAUGGAAACACACAAACUACACAAGUUGAUGUGCCCUACUCGCCGACAUUGGACGGCUCUUUAGAUCUGACUAUGGAUACCACGCCGUUGAGAGCUGCUGAAAUCAGCAACGAGGUGGAACUUGUCGACAGCUGCUAG